GGGACUGUCGCCCCUUACUUCCGCUAAGCUUGUCAGUGGGAAUGACACUGAUUCGGGUACACAAGAUCCGCUGGAAGUAAACAUUCCUGUCCCUCAAAAUAAAACCCCAGCAUUAUCAGCAGCCAUGGAGUCACAAGCAACCCCACAGCCAGUCAUGUGUGAGGUCUGUGGGACAUACUUUGAGACACGCCGAGGGCUCUCCAGCCAUGCUCGCCUCCAUCUAAGAAAGCUUGGCGUGACGUUGUCGGAAAGCAGCGGCGCUCCGAUCGACCUCCUCUACCAGCUCAUCCAGGAGAGAGAUGGUUCCCUCCCCGAUUUCAAAGCAGACUCCUCUGCAUCUGGGUCAUCCCCUCUCAAGAAAACGUUCCAGCAGGAGUCUGCGACACCUCCAGAGCCAGAGGUCAGGAGUGCCUCCUACGAUGUAGCCAGUACAGUCAUGACAACUCCACAGAAGAUGGAUCAACAGCAGGAAUCUCCAGCCAGACUGAAAGAGUCAGCGACCCCUCUCCUCCCCUCAUCCCCCUCUGGUCCUAGGCUGGUUGAAUCUAGAGCAAGUGAAGGCAGCAGUUCAUCCUCCUUAGAUCACCAAACCACAACCAAGCCACUGUGGGCCCCGCUCGAAACUGACGCCCCCAUCACCUUGGACACCAAAGAUGAGGUCCAUGUGUGCCAACUUUGCGGAUGUUGGUACGAGACACGAAAAGGCCUGGCCAGUCACGCUCGGGCCCAUCUGCGCCACAUUGGAAUCCCUGACAACGACAUCAAGGGCAGCCCUAUUGAUCUUCUCUACCGGAUUAUGGAAGAGGAGGAUCUCAAGCCCAUCAGCAGCAAGCAACAGGAGGAGCUCGCCUCCAACAGUUCCCCUAGAUCCUCCUCCAAACGUCCCUCCAAUCGCUCUUCCUCUCCAUCUGCGUCUCCUCCCAGCAAACAGCCUAAAACGGAUUGUACUUGUAUUCUGUGCGGGGAGGAGUUUGAGAAUCGUAAAGGGCUAGCUUGCCACGCACGCUGUCACCUGCGUCAGCUGGGGGUGACUGACCUGAUGGGGAAAACAUCUGCCAUCGACACCAUCCAGGAACUGGUCAGCAGUGGCGUGUUAGAGGCUAUACACCCCCCUAAAAGGAACAGUACCGGUUCUUCUGCAGCGCCAUCUCUUGCAACCCGGGCUCUGUCUCCAGUUCCAGGCCAAUCAAGAACCUCCUUUCCCUCCACACCCCUCUCCCCAGGCCCAGCAAAGUGCACUCCUCAAUCUCCUGUUAAUAGGGCUCCAAAGGCUAAGAAAGGCUUUCGGCUAGCAGUGGACCCCCUUCAUAGGAAGCCCAAGGCUGAACCUGUGGAGUUUGAAGUGUCUGUUCAACCAAAGGAACCCAGCACAAACACCAGCUCUCCCACGCCGAAAUCACCUGCUGCUGUGGGUUUAAAGCUUCUCAAUGCAGAGUCCUCCACAGAUGUACAAUCCCCGCCAACAGUCCUUUGCGAUUAUUGUGGCCAGCUGUUUGACACCCGCAAAGCCCUGUCAUGCCACGCCCGUGCCCAUCUGCGCCAGCUCGGCCUCACCUGGUCCAUCAAAACCUCACCAAUAGAUCUCCUCAAAGAGGUCAUGAUGCAUGGUGAAGAAGGCAUGAAAGAGUCCGUGGCCAGUGGGUCUUCAGGCAAAGCCACGUGGACCCCUCAAGGCUCCAGAAGGUCCCUGGACAGUCUCCAGUCAGGGGAACCAGCCACCAAACCCUGCACCUCACCUCUCGAUUAUUCCACGAAAGAGAAAUCCCCAUCUGGCAAAAGUGGGGCCUCAAACACAGACACAUCCUGUGAGCUUUGUGGGUUUGAUUUUGAAAACCGCAAGGCCCUGGCCAGUCACGCGCGGGCCCACCUCCGACAGCUGGGAAUCAUUGAGUGGAAGGCAGAUGGAGCAACUUCGCCAAUUGAACUCCUUAGUGAGUUGAUCCGGAGGGACCCAGUCAAGAUAGCAGCAAUAACCCGACGCUAUCGUAUGGGAGACCUUUACAUCAAGAAGUCCCAAAGAACUGCUGGUUCGCCCUCCCUGUCCACAGACUCGGACUCUGUGUCUGGCAGCAGCCUGAAGCCUUCGGUGCACCACUAUGAGCACAAAAUGCGCAGAGAGGUCUCUGGUAUGACUGCCGGCUCAUCCAGACAAUCCCAAGGUCACACACGGUCUACAGCAGCCCACGGCAACCCCGGUGUGCGCUCCCCAAGGGGGGUCCAUCCGCCAAAACAUGUCGUGCCUGCACGGGAAGAAAAUUCCCAGCAACCAUCACGGUCAGGCAGCAUCCCCGCUCUGCUGCCAAAGCCCCCACUAACGCCAUUGGUCAAACUGGUGGGCAAAGUCUACUCCCUCAAGUGCAGGUUCUGUGAAGAGGUGUUUCAUGGACCUCUGUCUGUUCAGGAGCAGUGGAUCACACACCUGCAGAAACACAUUCUGUCCCUGGGCUACAAAGGCAAAGCAUCUCCUCCUGCAGCACCAGUGGCAGCACCAGUGGCAACUCCAGCCCUCGUCCAUCCGGUAGCUGUCUAGUCCACAAAAUCUGUCUGUAAUUAAACAAGGUCAUCAUUGUCAAACGUCAUGUCAGAGUUGAGAAGUGUCGUCUUGAUGUCGGAGGUCACAAAUUUACAGAGAAGUGCAAAUUAGAUGUUUCCCUUUUGCCCUAGAGAGGGCAGCCAUGAGCCAUAUGAGGAAAGCAGCAGAAUGUAAUCCACUCAGGUAAAACCCACAAGAUACAAUAGAUCCCAAUACUGAUCACUGGAUGUUUUUGUCAAAAAACAAAAGAUAAUUCAUUCCUCAUUUUGAUGAUCAGUGCUUUCCUGCUCAUGCUCAUAAUUUGUACAGAUGUUAAAUGUGUUUGGGUAUGACUUGAUGUUGGCAUGUACCAGUAAACGAUUUUCUCUUUGUUUUUGUCCUACUGAGUAGACUGGUAUGGUUGCUGUAUCACUGUGAUACACUUUCUCUCCUCUGUAUGCCUUCCUAUUGAAUGGAGUCUUUAAUUAUCUAAUUAUUUUUUUAAAGUGUUUUACUAUAAAUCUGGAAGGAUCAUUUUUCUCAAAUGCAAAUGUUUUUGAAUAACACAACACUGACACCAGAAAGUUAGACACAGAUUUUCUUUCAAACUGGUGACAACUUGAUACGAAGUAUAAUGUAAUGUCUUAAGAAUCAACCACCUUGACCCUAGAUACACUGUGUUUCCUUUCUUGGCAUUUUCUUCAGGUAUAACUACUAAUCAUGACUGUUUUUCUGGUCUUUUUACAUUUCUUUUAUAACACUUAUUAUGUAAAUUAAAUACUGUCUUGUAUAUAACCAUAUAGUGUCUGAAACAUGUUUUUAUUUCUUUACAAAUUCCAUUAAAACGCUAAUUAAUGGACACACAACCUGCACUUCACUAACAGCGUCAGUACUCACUGUAAGAAAAUACUGUUUGUCCACAUUGUCAAAAGAUUUACAUAUCUUAACAGUUCUGAAUACUAUCCAAUAUAAAUUCAUGUCUCAAUACACCCACAUUUAUUUUUGUAUUUUCUCAUUUACAUCUCAUUUCGUUUUGCUGUGUUUGCUAUCCUCUAAACAUUUUAACAUUUUAAAGACAUUUUUGAGAUCUCACUGUAGCUGGCACCGCUCCUGGACAUUUCUUUGAUGUUGUGAGGUCUCAGAUUUUAUUUUUUAGGGGUAUUUUAUGCCUUUGUUAAAGACUGUACAGUAGAGAAAUUACAGGAAAUGAGGGGAGAGUGAAAGAUGGGGAAAGCCCAGGCCAAAAGGGCGCCCUGUCAUAUUUUAAUAUUGUUUAGCUUUGAGGUCUUAAAAGCCUUUGUAGUUGUGUCACACUCACCACUGGCUUCUCCUAUGCUCCUAGUGGCAUUUACAAGAAUCCACCGCACCUGAGAGCCAAGGAAGAUAGUUGAUGUGUCUCAUUCCCAGGUCGUCAAAUACCCACUCAUAAAUGACAAAUGCCAUUAGGAGCACUCGGAGGAGCCAGAGGAACCUGAACUUUCUGUCUCAUGUACUCCUGUCAGGAUAUAGUGAAAACUUUAGCAAAUAUGACAAAAAGUUUUAUAAAAGUGAUCUACUGCAGCUUUGUGUAACAAUUUGAAUUUAGAAAUUGAAUAGCUUGUUUUGUCAUAAAACUCAUUUUUCAUGCACAAAUAAGAAGAACAUCAUUCAUUUUCUUUUAACAAUUUAUUUCCAAUCACAAUAUGUCAGCCAUCUGCACAGUGAAGAAAAAAAACUAGCAAAUGUUGGCAAAUGUUGGUUGAGAAAAACAUUCACUGUUAGUGUGAGUAUAUCUAUAAUGUUACAUAACUGACCACUUAGGCGAAAACACUGUUGUCCAUCAUUCCAUUUUCAAAUUCUUCUCAUCUAAAACCUCAUCAUUGUUG